AUGGGGACGAAAGUUUCAGACGUUCUGGUUUCCACCGUCCGAUCAGUCGUGGGCUCCGAUUACUCAGAGAUGGAUAUAAUUAGGGCUUUGCACAUGGCGAAUAAUGAUCCGACGGCAGCUAUUAAUAUAAUCUUCGAUACUCCUAGUUUCGGCAAAGUUGAUGUAGCCACUCGUAGCCCAAGCGGCUCUAAUGGAGGGAAGAGGUUCGAGAACGGCAUAAAGGGUUGUCGUUUUGGUGAAGGUGGAAGUGUUGAAGCGAAUCAUCGCGUGGAGGAAGAAGACGAGAGUGUUGAUGGUGGAGAAGAGAGUGUUUCAGGGAAUGAGUGGUGGUUUGUGGGCUCUUCGGAAUUGUCGGGAUUGUCUACAUGUAAAGGUAGGAAAUUGAAGUCCGGUGACGAAUUAGUGUUUACGUUUCCUCAGAGUAAAAAAUCAUUGGGCUCUGAGAAUGCGUCUGGGAAGCGCUUUGGACGUGGAAGACCAGCUUUGCGUACUGGUUCUGAUAUCGUUAGGUUCUCUACAAAGGAUUCAGGAGAGAUUGGUAGAAUACCGAACGAAUGGGCUCGGUGUCUUGUACCGCUUGUGAGAGACAAGAAGAUUAGGAUAGAAGGGAGCUGCAAGUCGGCACCUGAAGCAUUGAGCAUCAUGGACACAAUAAUUCUUUCAGUAAACGUAUACAUUAAUAGUUCCAUGUUUCAAAAGCAUAGUGCAACUUCACUCAAGACAGCUAGUAAUACGGCAGAGGAAUCAGUUUUCCAUCCUCUCCCAAAUCUCUUCCGGUUGCUGGGUUUGGUCCCUUUUAAGAAGGCAGAGUUCACUCCUGAGGAUUUGUCCACUAGGAAGCGACCUUUGAGUUCUAAGGAUGGUUCUGGUGUUCCUACUUCGUUGCUUCAAUUAAACAAGGUCAAGAAUCUGAAUCAAGAUGCAAAUGGAGAUGAAAAUGAGCAGUGUAUCAGUGAUGGUGAUCUUGAUAACAUUGUUGGUGCUGGGGACAGUUCUGGGCUAAAAGAAAUGGAAACUCCAGAUACCCUUCUGUGUGAGCUUCGUCCAUAUCAAAAGCAGGCACUUCAUUGGAUGACCCAACUGGAGAAAGGAAACUGCACUGAUGAGGCAGCAACAAUGCUUCAUCCAUGUUGGGAAGCAUACUGUUUAGCAGACAAGAGGGAACUUGUUGUCUACCUGAAUUCUUUUACUGGUGAUGCUACAAUACACUUUCCUAGCACACUUCAAAUGGCAAGAGGAGGAAUUCUAGCAGACGCAAUGGGUCUGGGAAAGACCGUAAUGACCAUAUCCCUUUUGCUUGCCCAUUCUUGGAAAGCUGCGUCAACUGGUUUUCUAUGCCCCAGUGAUGAAGGAGACAAAGUGAUCAGCAGUUCCGUAGAUGAGCUCACUAGUCCUUCAGUGAAGGCAACCAGAUUUCCAGGUUUUGAUAAGAAGCUUCUUGAGCAAAAAAGUGCACUUGAAAAUGGCGGUAACCUGAUUGUAUGUCCGAUGACGCUUUUAGGCCAGUGGAAGUCAGAGAUUGAAGCGCAUGCAAAGCCUGGGUCUCUUUCUGUCUAUGUUCAUUAUGGGCAAAGCAGGCCAAAGGAUGCCAAACUUCUAUCCCAGAGUGAUGUUGUAAUCACCACAUAUGGGGUUCUAACAUCCGAAUUUUCGGCAGAGAACUCAGCAGACAGUGAUGGACUCUAUGCAGUUCGAUGGUUUAGGAUUGUUCUUGACGAGGCACAUAUCAUCAAAAACUCAAAAAGCCAAAUUUCCUUGGCUGCUGCAGCUCUGGUUGCUGAUCGGCGUUGGUGUCUUACGGGUACUCCUAUUCAGAACAAUCUGGAGGAUUUGUACAGCCUUCUACGUUUUUUGAGGAUUGAACCAUGGGGAACUUGGGCAUGGUGGAAUAAACUCGUCCAAAAGCCAUUUGAAGAAGGAGAUGAGAGAGGGCUAAAGCUGGUGCAGUCUAUCUUAAAACCUAUCAUGCUUAGGAGAACCAAGUCUAGCACAGAUCGAGAAGGAAGGCCAAUUCUUGUUCUACCCCCUGCUGAUGUGCGGGUCAUUUACUGUGAACUCUCGGAGUCUGAGAGGGAUUUCUACGAUGCACUAUUUAAAAGAUCCAAGGUCAAAUUUGAUCAAUUUGUUGAACAAGGAAAAGUUCUUCAUAAUUAUGCUUCGAUCCUGGAACUGCUUUUGCGUCUUCGACAGUGUUGUGAUCACCCAUUUCUAGUAACGAGUCGAGGUGAUACUGCGGAAUACUCUGAUCUGAAUAAGCUCUCUAAACGUUUCCUUAGCGGAAAGUCUUCUGAUCUUGAAAGGGAAGGAAAAGAUGUACCAUCAGUGGCUUUUGUUCAGGAGGUGGUAGAGGAACUACGUAAAGGAGAGCAAGGAGAGUGUCCAAUAUGCCUUGAAGCGUUUGAAGAUGCCGUAUUAACACCAUGUGCUCAUAGAUUAUGUCGUGAGUGUCUCUUGGCAAGUUGGCGGGGUUCUGCUUCUGGGCUAUGUCCUGUCUGUAGGAAAACUGUAGGCAAGCAAGAACUCAUCACAGCUCCAACCGAAAGUAGAUUUCAGGUUGAUGUGGAAAAGAAUUGGGUAGAAUCAUCCAAAAUCACUGCUCUUCUGCAAGAGCUUGAAAGUCUUCGUUCUUCAGGCUCUAAGAGCAUUCUCUUUAGCCAAUGGACUGCUUUCCUCGACCUUCUCCAGAUUCCACUCUCUCGGAGCAACAUUUCAUUUGUCCGUCUUGAUGGCACGCUAAAUCAGCAUCAACGGGAGAAAGUUCUUAAAGAGUUUUCUGAAGACGGCAGUAUCCUGGUGAUGUUGAUGUCUCUAAAAGCUGGUGGUGUCGGGAUAAAUCUAACCGCUGCAUCCAAUGCUUUUGUCAUGGAUCCAUGGUGGAACCCAGCAGUUGAGGAACAAGCUGUUAUGCGUAUUCAUCGUAUAGGACAGACUAAGAAAGUCAACAUCAGAAGGUUCAUCAUUAAGGGAACGGUUGAGGAGAGAAUGGAGGUGGUUCAGGCGAGGAAGCAGAGAAUGAUCUCUGGGGCUUUAACAGAUCAAGAAGUACGAAGUGCACGUAUAGAGGAACUCAAGAUGUUAUUCACUUGA